UGCUGCUGUACAGUGACAACUAUUGCCUUUUCGCGAGCUCUGCAUCCACUCGCAGCUGGAUAAACAUUUUGAAUUGACAGGUGGUAGAUGGAUAAUUAGCUUGGAAAUAGAAAAAUGGAAGAUGUAUUUUAACUAGCUACGUGUGCGGGCUCUUAAGUCUUCGGGGACACGAAUCAUCAAAACGAAUCAUCAAAGUAAACGUUAACGUGUGUAUGGUACCAUGUACAGUAGGAGGUGAUGAGAAUCAUGAAACCAACCCGUCACCUGCUCCUGGUGCUCUGUCCCAUGCUUGUCCUGGGCUUCCUUUACUACUCCUCUGGGAGACUGCACCUGAGGGGCUGGGGACAGAAAUCACUGUAUGACAAACAGGGAUUCUUGCUGAAGCUGGGUGGUAAUCUACCUUUGGAGCUGAUGUACAAGUAUGGUAAUCUCAGCGAGGGAGUCUGUAAGCCUGGCUACGCAGCUGCCAAGAUGACCACCAUCUAUCCAAUGUUCGCUAAACCAGCCCCCAUGUUCCUCGAUCCAAACUUUAGACGAUUCUCCAAGAUCAGCAACUUUUUCCCACCUUUUGGAAUGAAAACGCAAGAAAAGAUCAUAGAUAAUAUUCUGACAGCAACAAAGAGCUAUGGUCUGGGAGAUGAGCUGGACAGUCAGAGUUGUAAGAAGUGCAUCAUCGUGGGAAAUGGUGGUAUUCUGGCCAACAAGUCUAUGGGUGUGAAGAUUGACGAGUACGAUGUGAUUGCAAGGUUGAACGAGGCUCCAGUGUCUGGCUAUGAAAAGGAUGUGGGCUCCAAGACCACCAUGCGUAUCACCUACCCAGAGGGAGCCAUCCAGAAGACUGAACGCUACGAACAGGACUCCCUCUUCGUCCUCUCUGCCUUCAAAGCUCUCGACUUCAAAUGGCUGCGGUCCAUAAUCUUUAAGGAGAGGCUGCGUAGCACAGAAGGGUUCUGGAAGUCUGUGGCCCGUCAUGUCCCCAGGGAGCCCAGUGAGAUGAGGAUCCUCAACCCUUACUUCAUCCAGGAGGCUGCCUUCAGGUUCAUCGGCCUGCCUCACAACAACGGACAGAUGGGGAGAGGGAAUAUUCCGACACUGGGGACGGUUGCCAUAACAAUGGCCCUCCAUAACUGUGAUGAGGUAGCCGUGGCUGGAUUUGGCUAUGACAUGAGCACCCCUCACGCCCCCCUACACUACUACGAGAAGAUCAGGAUGGCGGCCAUCAAAGAGGUACCACUGACGUGACGACUGACGCCAGCCAUUUACCACUCUUAAGGUUCACAUUGGGGCCUUGACACACUCACACACACACUUACACACAUCAUGGAACGAAAAAUGUAAUGUAAAUUGUAAAACAAUGCCUUCAUCUGACCAUGAGGUCACACUGACCAA